AUGAAAAAGCUUGCAGCACGGGACUUCGAAGACCUACUUCAGUGUGCCAUGCCUGUUUUCGAAGGCAUAUUGGACGAGCCCCAUGACAAUUAUAUCCAGAAACUGCUUUUUACUGUGGCCGAAUGGCACGCCCUGGCGAAAUUACGGAUGCACACUGAAGACACUCUUGCAUCACUAACACGAGCAACAAAGGAUCUUGGACGGCAAUUACGAUCUUUUGCAACGACAACUUGCAUGGCUUUCGAUACCAAAGAGCUACCCAAGGAGGAGGCUGCACGUGGCCGCCGCCAAAGCCAAAAGAAGAACACUAGUGCCUCUACAACGGCCCAGCCAGCUGCUCAAGGUCCAAAGGUUAAGCGGUUCAAUAUGGCAACAUACAAACAUCACUCUCUCGGCGACUAUGUGCCAUCGAUCCGUCGAUUUGGAACCACUGACUCAUAUUCCACCCAGCCGGGCGAGCUACAACAUCGACGAUUGAAGGUCUUUUAUGUUCGAACCAGUAAAAACAAGGCACUGCGGCAGAUGACGAAGCACGAAGCACAUGAACGAGUGGUCCGCACUGUCUUUACAAGGGUCCGCACCGUUCAACGCCUGCAACAAGUAAUUACUAGACAGGGCAAACCUCAGCCCAGCCAGAGCGAGUUGCUGGGAGUAGAAGCGAAGCCCUACCACCUGGCCAAACAACACCAUCACAUCUCAACCUCAAUCAACUCAACCAGGAACAUAUACGAUCUCAUUGGCGAGCAUCCUGAAGACCCUGCAUUUCAUCUCUUCAUUCCCAAACUCAAAAAGCACCUUCUUUCGCGCCUUUUGCAUCCAAACGAGUGGAUCGAAAAUGAAGACUUCAGCCGAGAGGAGUGGAAUGAAGUUCAGAUCCUUGGCGACCGUCUUUAUGUCCACAAAACCUUACGUGUCAACUAUACAACCUAUGAUGUUCACGGCGCUCAGGAUUCCAUCAACUCAAGAUCACAUCCCGACGUGAUGACUCUCAAGCAACAAGACCACGCACAGCAUCCAUUCGAUUAUGCGAGGGUUAUUGGCAUUUUUCAUGUUCGAGUGCAACAUGAAACUCUUUCCCCAGAUAUGCAGGAACUCGAUGUUCUUUGGGUACGAAACUUCCAUGUUGAUACUACCUAUUGCAGCGGGUUGAAGCAGAAGCGCCUCACAAGGCUGGCAUUUGUUUCUGGUGCUGAGGCGUUUGGCUUUCUGAGUCCAGACGAAGUCAUACGAGGGAGCCAUGUUAUUCCCGCAUUCGCAUAUGGGCCAACAAGAGAUCUACUUGGACCGACACUAGCGCGCCAAUGCUUCAGCAGCGAUAUUCUUGACAAGGCGUUCGUUUGGCCAGAAGAACGGGAAGAGGACGACUACUGUUACUACUAUGUGAACUUUUUUGUUGACCGAGACAUGUACAUGCGUUACCACGGUGGUGGGAUUGGGCACUACAAGGUUGAGGUAACAGACAUUGCCGACGUAGAAGGACCGCAAGAUGCAGACCAUGAAGAGGAGAUCGUGGCAGAUAUCCCAGCGGAUUCUGGAUCUGAUAGCGAUGGAGAUGAUGAAGAGUGUGGAUCUGAGACCUCUGCACCAGCGUCGGAUACUGAGGGCGAUGAUACAGACAGUGAUGUAGAUGGUGAUCGAGCGCAGCUUGAAGAGAACAUACUGGGCUACGAUCAACUAUAG